AUGGCAGCAAGGACACCUCUGCGCGCGGGCAUCUACGCCCCGCUCAUGACCUUCUUCAACCCCGACACCGAGGAGCUCGACCUGCCCACGCUCCAGAAGCACUCGGUGAUGCUGGCCAAGGCCGGCCUGGUCGGCCUGGUGACGAUGGGCUCGAACGGCGAGGCGGUGCACCUGACGCGUGCGGAGCGGACGUCGGUGACGCGCGCGGUGCGCGAGGCGCUCGACGGCGCCGGCUUCAAGGACGUGCCCGUCAUCGUGGGUGCGUCGGAGCAGAGCAUCCGCGGCACCAUCGAGCUGUGCAAAGAGGCGCACGCCGCCGGCGGCGAGUACGUGCUGCUGGUGCCGCCCAGCUACUACCGCUACGCCAUGGACAACGAGGCCAUCUACUCUUACUACAUCGCCGUCGCCGACGCCUCGCCCGCCCCCGUCCUCAUCUACAACUUCCCCGGCGCCGUCGCCGGCAUCGACAUGGACUCGGACUUCCUCAUCAAGCUGGCCCAGCACCCCAACAUCGUCGGCACAAAGUUCACCUGCGGCAACACGGGCAAGCUGACCCGCGUCGCCCUCGCCACCAACGCCGCCACCGCGAAGAGCGCCGGUGCCGGCUACAUGGCCUUCGGUGGCUUCGCCGACUUCACCGCCCAGACCGCUGCUAGUGGCGGCUCCGGCAUCAUCGCCGGCGGCGCCAACGUGCUGCCCAAGCUGUGCGUCAAGAUCUGGCAGCUCUGGGGCGAGGGCAAGUACGACGAGGCCAUCGAGCUGCAGAAGGUCCUCAGCAAGGGCGACUGGGAGCUCACCAAGACGGCCAUCCCCGGCACCAAGUCGGCCAUCGAGUCCUACUACGGCUACGGCGGCUUCCCCCGGAGACCGCUCAAGAGGCUGAGCGCCGAGCAGGCCCAGGCCGUCAAGGACGCCAUCGCCGACGCCAUGAAGGUCGAGAACAGCCUGUAG